CAGAACAGGUCUACUUCUCUGUGAGACGAGCUUGGGGCGAUAAAAUGUGAAACAUCUGUUUGUUUCACGUCUGCACACACUUUAAGCCGAGCCCCACUGGAUGUGAGCUGCAGCUUCCUCUGUGGGAUUCUUCAUGGAUACUUCCCACAUCCUGACGUCAGCUGGAUGUGUGACUUUUCCUCCCCAUCCCAGCCUCAGACUGACGCAUUCACAUAUCAGCUCCUCACCAGCAAUCUGAGGCUCAUGUCUACAAACAUACAGCAUCCACACAUUACCUCCAGUCAGUAUGCAGCCUGAGACUCUGACCCUGCAGUGAUGCCGGCCUUCAGCCCUCCAGCUCCUCUCCUCUGCGUGCUGCUGUGCGUCUCGGUGGCUCUGCAGCGAUCUGACCUCCGCCUGGCUUACGUGACCCACAACAGCUUCUUCUACUACUCCUGCAGCCAGAACCCAGAACCCUGCAGCACCUCCUCUCUGGCAGAGUGCAGAUGUAAAGACAUCCGGCCCCAGUCGCACUCGUCUCCCGUUUUCCGGAUGAGACGUUUGACCGUUUGGUUCACGUCGCCAUCGAACACGGCUCGUCUGCUCAACAACUCGGAGGUGAGGCAUCUGACUCUGAUCCACUGCGGUCCUGGAGGAUCCAGAGGGACGCCGUCUUUUUCCCUGGAGGGGCAUUUUACCGUGCAGCACCUGGAGAGAGUGACGGUGGUGAAACUGCCACAGAGGUUUUUCCAUAACUGCCCGGAUGCAAACAAGGCCAAGAACACGGACUCAAACGCUGACCCAGACAGAGAUAACGCCGCCUAUUUAGACAUGAACAGAUACAACAGGGAUAGAGACACGAAUCUGGACCUCAUUGAAGACGUGAAGAGAGAUUCCUUGGCUUUGUCAUCGAGCCAGAUCCAAGACAUCUACCUGGGCAGGGAACUGGGAGCGGCGUACCACGAACAGGCCAGACUGGGAGUCAUCCACGGCUCAGUGCUGGAGUGGGGCGCCGUCGUCAAAGCCUACACAAUUCAGACUCACAUAGACAGCGAUGGUCUGCUGCCCUUCCCUGACCUCCACCUGCCAAAGCUACCAGAGACAUCUGUUAUAUACGUCAGCUUCGUCUACUGACACCACGCUAGUUUGGAAGGCCUACAAAAGGAGGAAGAUGAUCUGAUGUUCAGGAAAAAAACCUCACUACUCAUCUACAGUCUAUUUAUCCUCUAAAAAUGGGAGAUAAAGUGGUCAUUAGUUUACAGACCGUUGCCUUUAAAGUGGCAAAUUAGCAUCUUCAAGCUGACAUUUGGCACGAGAAAAAGUCUGAGGGCAUUUUGUAUUUAAAGCCAUUUGCUAAAAGAUAGAACACAAAGACUGAAAAGACUGUUUCCAAAACAUCUUAGGUUAUGUUUAAUCUGUUCAAAAUGCUAAAGUUCAGUCAUCUUCUCAAAGUAGACUUAUGGGAAAAUUGUCCAACUUUCUUGGGCAGAAACUGAGAAGAAAUUUGAAUGAGGUUUUUUUGUUGCUAUUUUUUCUGAGAUAACUUUUUCUUGUUUCAAUAGCUUUGAUGAUAUUUUUCAGAAGUGGUUAAAAACAUGUUAGAACCAAAUCUGUCAUCUAAUGAGAGACGCUCUGAGGGAAGAGCAAAGUUUUGAGAUGAUGUCUGUACUGAGCUGAAGAACAAAAAUAAAAGAAAAAGUGGCACUACAAGCACAAUCCACUUCCAUUUUCUGUUAA